AUGUUUAAUUUCCUUGUCGUUGUUUUCCAUAAAAAUCUGUUCAAGUAUUUGACGAAAUAUAGCAUAUGUUUUUUUUUCUGUGCAAGUCCGUAUGUUGGAGGAAUUAGGACUAAGAUUUGCGCUUUUUUGUUUAUCUUGUUGGACAAUUCUAAGAAAACUGGAAAGGGAAAGAGACUAGGAAAGGGAGGGAAUCGAUACUUUAAGAGCAUUGCUUUAGGAUUCAAGACUCCUCGUGAGGCCACUGAUGAUACAUACAUUGACAAGAAAUGCCCAUUCACUGGAAAUGUUUCUAUCCGAGGUCGUAUCCUUGCUGGUACAUGCCACAGUGCUAAGAUGAACAGAACCAUCAUUGUUCGACGCAACUACCUACAUUAUGUCAUGAAGUACCAGAGGCAAGAGCUUGUCACUUUAAAUAUAUAUGAGAAGAGGCACUCUAAUAUUCCUGCUCACAUAUCACCAUGCUUCCUUGUGAAAGAGGGUGAUCAUGUUAUUAUUGGACAAUGCAGGCCUUUGUCCAAAACUGUGAGGUUCAAUGUCUUAAAAGUGGUUCCAGCUGGUUCUGCUGGUGGGGAAAAAAAGGCUUUUACCGGAAUGUGAGCUUGGUGCUCCCAUUUUAAAUAUUACUUCUAAGAAUGAUGUCAGGACACUUCUGCUCUUACUGAGUUGUCUUCAUUGGUUUCCCUUUAGCUUCAAAUUUUGAAACUUAAUGCUAGCAAGUUCUUUUAUUAAGCCUAUGUACUAUUAGCUUAUAAGAUGAUUGAACCUUAUGAAAAAAUGAUAUUUGGUGACUUGAGUUGGCAGCGCUUUUAUUGUCAGUUGAGUUUUACUAAUUUGUGGGGUA